AUGAACGAUACAAAUGACGGAGAUGUAAAAUUAAAACGAAGGUCGACGGGUCAGGGAAAAAGUCAUUCGAAAAAUGAUAUCGAGAACGAGGAUGAGAAAAAUAAUUUUCAGGUAAAGCAAAAACAUAAAACAAAUUUCGACGACUCUCUAACCGUUUUAAAUUCGGAUGAUCGUCACGAGAAAGACAAGGAAACGUACGACAAUUUGGAAGAUCCGAGAGGGGGAGGGGAUUUGUUUUUGACCGAACAAAACGAUUCGCGUAAACAUUACUACGACGUGGAAGAAGAAGAAGAGGAGAGAGAAGAAGAUGCCGUUACGUCCGAGACUUUAUCGUCGAACGAAAGCGUGUCGAGCAUUCUAUCCAAACUCUAUCCGUUCACGAUAAAAUGGACGUUCGGCACGAAAUCCACCGUCGACAUAGUCAAUUUGACGACUAAAAACGGCGGAGAAGUUUUUUUCGUCGCCUCGCAUUUCGGCGUCAUUUACGACUACAUACGAGACAAAAUCGAAUUCCUUCCCGGUCACAAUUUUCCAAUCAAAACGAUCGCGUCGGAUUAUUCGGGUCGUUGGCUCGUGACGGCCGACGCGGGACCCGACAACGUCAUCAUUAUUUGGGACCAUAAGAAAAAAGUACCCGCCUGGUGUUUGUACAACGUUUUCCCCGACGGAGUGAGUCAAGUCAGAAUAAGUCGCGACGCUUUGUACCUGGCCGCCGUCAAUUGCAUUUAUAAUUAUACGUUGAAAUUUUGGAAAUGGACUCUGGGCUACUACGAACCCGAUGCAACGCUCGAACUGAAUCCCGGCUUCGGUCGAGCCACUCAUUUGAACUUUAACCAACUUCAAACGAAUCAAUUGGCCGUCACGUUGAGAAACGGAAUCGUGUUUUGCGAAUGGGAUACGUCCGUGGAUGAAUUGAAAACUUUUUUCCCCGUACUCGAAUCUCACACGCAAAAAAAAUUGGGCAUUUUCAGGAGAACAAUGUUUUUGGACGAUAAUCACACGGCCGUGACGUCGACGAACACGGGAUACAUCGUCGUGUGGUGCGACGUCGUGUUCACCGAAGAAAUAAAACCCGAAAUCCCCGGCAGAAUCGAAAAACAAUUUUUAAAAGCGGUUAGAAUUCACAAGAGCGGAAUAACGAACCUUAAAAUUUGCGAUAAUUCCAUCGUGACGAGUUCCGAAAAGGGCGUCAUUCUUUUUCACGAUCAAUUAUUUCGUUUGAUGUACGUUUUACCCAAAUUGAACGUGGACCCCAUCGCGUCCUUCAGUUUCAACAAAGUCGACAAUCAAACGGAUAUUUUUAUGAAAGUCAAAAGUCCGAAAAAAUUAAAUUCCUUAAUUGAAAAUUACGUCGAUGCCAAUUUGGAAGAAGACAACGGUCUCCACGAGAAUAAUGACAGCAUUGAAAAACAAUACAGCGACAGCCUACUCGAAAAAGCUAAAAAAAUCAUCAAUCCCGAAUACCUUUCCAAAAUCACACCCCUCCAAGAUUUCAAGGACAAAGCGAAGAAAACCCCUUCCGAUUGCACGAUGGAGAGAAGACCCUUCGUCGUGAGAGAUUUGAUUUUCAUGACGAAAAAUGGACGGCUCGGUUAUCUGAGUCAUCAGAGGAAAAAAAUUAAAUAUUUUUUUUACAACAUCGAGGCUUCCGUGGCAUGUUUAGCUUGUAGCCCCCAUAAAAGUCAUUUGAUUGCGAGUUAUUUAUCCGGACCCAUAAUCAUGUAUAAUUACAUCAGUAAAAGAAUUUUGGUUUCGACUAAAAUCCCUGGUUUUAAAAUAUCCAGUUUGAAAUAUUCAAGCGAUGGCACCAUGCUUUUGGCUGGUACGGAAAAUGGCAUGAUCCUAGAACUCGAUCCCCUUUUACUCGAAGUCAAAUUAACGUUAAACUGCGGAAAAGAUCCCAUUAAGAAAAUAACGAUUUCGUCUAUGAACGAUUUGGUCGCAUCCUACGACACGGAAUCCAUAGUUUAUUUACACACGCAAACGAAAGCGCAAAAAAAGAAAAAGUGGAUAUGUUUGGGAAAAUACAGGUCGCAUUAUAAAAAGAUAAAUGAUAUCAUGUUUGAAAAAACUCCCCACGAAUCCGGGUAUCCUCGGUUCUACACGAUCGGAGAAGAUAGAAUGUUGGUUGAAUACGCCAUUAAUAAUUCGGACGUGAAUAAAUUAUCAUUGUCUCAAAUACACAGAAUCGAACAAACGGCAACUCCCAAGUGCUUCACGUGGAAUCCUAAUUUCACAAACAAUUUGGAAUUUCUCAUAUCCAACAGCGAAUACAAGUUGAAAGUCGUCGAUACGGAGAGUCGAGAGUGUAAAAAAACGACUCUCGGUCCCACCGCGGACACGCCCAUAUUGCAAAUGGAAGUGUUGCCCCAUCAUUUCGGAACCAAUAGCUCUGCAAAAAUGGUGUACGCGACGAACAAACACAUAGGAUUGAUUCUUCUUCCCUCGACGGGUAAUCCCUUCGAAAGCAUGGGCAUGGUAGCACAUCCGGUUAAAAUCAUCGACUACGUAUUGUCCCACGAUUACAGAUACGUAUUUACCGCCGGUGAAAAUGAUCGUAGCGUUUUGAUGUGGGAAAUACAUCCGAAUUCGGUUGACGUUGCGAGUCAAAUAGGAGGAUUGGGUCUCGAACCUUUCGUAUCCCUCAUCGAAGGCGGUCCAAAUAGUUUUUUCUUCCGAGAAGUUGAAGAUUUUUUUUACUACGCUCAAAUAAUACAUCAGGGCGAAGAUCCCAACAUCGAUAGAUCCGUAUCGAAAACGCUAGCCUUGUGUGAAAUACCGGAUCUCUUUCGCACCCUUGGCUACUAUCCAACGGAUUACGAAAUCGAUAAUUUAAUUUACGAAUUGAAACACAUCAACUACAACGAAACGGGAGAACUCGCGUCGGAAAUAUCCUUCGAAGAAUGCAUAAAAGCUUUCUUAAAUCACAAACCCGUGGAAGGCAUUACUCUCAAUCACAUCAACCUUGCUCUAAUUGCCAUUGCUGACCUCAGCGAUCCGAGUGAUAUAUUGGUUGAACGGACCGAAUUGUACAAAGCUUUGGAAGAAAGAGCGGAAGCCAUGGAUCACAAAGAAGUUUUAGGUUAUUUGUGUAUAUUAUUACUUCCAAAAGAUGAAAACGCUCCCAUUCCGGCAACUUUGGCACUAAACGAUUUUGCCACAAACGUUUUGGGAAUCGAUCUAAGUAUAACGGAAGAAAAUGUACAACAAAUUACACAUGCUUUUGAAAAUAAAAAUGAUUCAAACGAAUCUGAGUAA